AAGCAAUACCAUGGUUCGACAAGGUAGAGCGGGGCUUUACUUACAAGGCUGUGGUUAUCGAGGGUGAAGCUUUCACAGUGAAUGCUACCAUACCUUAUAUACUAUUUUCCCUAUAUUAUGGUCUGACAAACCCAAAUAAAAAAAAAGGCACGACGAGCAUUUGCCAUAUGCUUCUGUACUGCCUAUCUGCCAGACGUUUGAGUUCUGAAACGCUCGAUAUAAGUGACGAUGUCCUUACUGCAAUUGCCCAGCGAAUUGAUACUACACAUCGUUGAUUUCCUUUACGCCGAAAGAGACAUUAAUGCCCUGGUACAAGGCAACAGACACCUCUACGACCUUUUAAACCCCUCCCUCUAUCGCCACAAUGUCCAACACCGACAAAGCUCAGCCCUAACCUGGGCCGCCGCCAAAGGGCAACUCCCAACUCUCGAGAAGCUCUUCGACGAAGGAGCGCAAAUCAUCACAACGCUACCAGUAUGCCCAGAAGAGAAGAACGACCUGCCAUCAAAGCAGCCCACCAUACGUCGAGACCACGAUUCUCAAAUCCCAGAUCACCCCAUCGUCCACGCAGCCCUCCACGGCCACGCGACAAUCGUCGAAGCUUUACUCCUCAGAGGCGCACAUCCAGACUGGACAGACCGCCGCAGUCAAACUCUGCUAAUGAUAGCCGCCAACAAGGGGCACGUGGCGGUAGUGCGAGUAUUAUUACAGCACGGAGCAGACCCGACACGACCUGAUGUCCUAAACGCGACCCCGAUUACCAUCGCCGCACUGCGAGGCCAUACCGCCGUCGUGGAGGCGCUGAUAGAGCACUUGGAGCAACACCACACGACUGUUAUGCCAGAUACACAAAACCAGGCAAUCGUCUACGCUGCGCUCAGCGGCCACACAACGCUCGUCCGGUUCCUGCUCGACCGCGGCAUCCCCGUUAACACCUCGGGACGCGUCAACUCGCACACACCGCUCUUCUACGCCGUGCGGCGGGGAGACGAGGCCUUGAUACGCUUGCUUCUGGAACGGGGCGCUAAUCCGCUGUACAUCCCCAGCGAGGGCAGCAAAUCGCCGUUGGUGUUUGCAGUUGGGUAUUGCGGUAAUGAGAUCGUCAGCCUGCUACUGGAACAAUGUGCGGAUCUGGGUACGGAGGGGAUUAAGGCGAUGCAUGCGGCUGUUAUUAGAAAUAAUGCGUGGCUGGUGGAGAGGCUCAUUGUGCGGGGUGUGGACCCUGCGUCUAAAGAUGAGCAUUUACAUCGACCUUUGAUAUCGUGGGCGGCGGACUUGGGGUGUUUGAACAUUGUUAGACUGUUUUUGGAAAAAGGGGCUGAUGCGAAGGCCUGUGAUCCUGGUGGUUUGAUGCCUGUGGAUUAUGCUUCUAAACGGGGGUAUACGGCAUUGGUUCAGUUGUUGGAGAAUUAUGUAUCGAUGAAGCCUUGAUGUUACUGGGUUCUUUCAAGCGCAGUUGGAUGUUAUGGGUCAUGGGGUUUGGAUAGGAUGUGGCGCUCAAGGGGAGAUCUAUUGGUAGUCUUUUUUCGGGUUGUAUUUAGUCGAGUCUUGAGUGAUACCUGCCUAGCAGUAUUGGAAAAGAAAAAAAAAGAAUUGCCAC